GCCGGUGAGGCGGUACCGGGCGGGGGCUGUCGGGUGUCAUGGGCGGUGGCGGCGGCACCGCCCCCGUGUCUCCCUGAGCGGGACGGCAGGGGGGCCUCUGCGCCGAGCCGGGCGAUGGACGAGAGCGGCGAGCUGGGCGUCCUGGAGACCAUGGAGACGCUCACGGAGCUGGGCGACGAGCUGACCCUGGGGGACAUCGACGAGAUGCUGCAGUUUGUCAGCAAUCAAGUGGGAGUUCCCGACUUGUUCUCUGAGCCGCUGUGCGGCAACUUCCCUGGUGGCAGCAGUGGUGGUGGCAGCAGCGGCAGCAGCAAUAGUGGAGGCAGCACCGUGGACCCCUCGAUGCAGCGUGCCUUCAGCCAGGUCCCACUGGCCUCCUUCUCCCCCUCUACCACCUCCCCCCAGGCUCCAGCCCUGCAAGUCAAAGUCCCCCCCACCACAGUUCCGACACCACCCAGGGCCACACCUGUGCUCCAGCCCCGGCCCCAGCCCCAGCCUCCAGCUCAGCUGCAGCAGCAGACAGUCAUGAUCACCCCCACCUUCAGCACCGCGCCCCAGACGAGGAUCAUCCAGCAGCCUUUGAUCUACCAGAACGCAGCUACGAGCUUUCAAGUCCUCCAGCCUCAAGUCCAAAGCCUAGUGACAUCAUCCCAGGUGCAGCCGGUCACCAUCCAGCAGCAGGUGCAGACAGUGCAGGCCCAGCGGGUGCUGACGCAGACCGCCAACGGCACGCUACAGACACUUGCCCCCGCCACCGUGCAGACGGUGGCUGCACCCCAGGUGCAGCAGGUCCCGGUCCUGGUACAGCCUCAGAUCAUCAAGACGGAUUCCCUCGUUCUGACCACGCUGAAGACAGACGGCAGCCCUGUGAUGGCUGCGGUCCAGAACCCGGCCCUCACUGCCCUCACCACCCCUAUCCAGACAGCCGCCCUUCAAGUCCCAACCCUAGUGGGCAGCAACGGGACAAUCCUGACCACGAUGCCUGUGAUGAUGGGGCAAGAGAAAGUGCCCAUCAAGCAGGUGCCUGGGGGGGUGAAGCAGCUGGAGCCCCCCAAAGAAGGAGAAAGACGGACCACACACAACAUCAUAGAGAAGCGGUAUCGCUCGUCCAUCAAUGACAAAAUCAUUGAGCUGAAGGACCUGGUCAUGGGGACAGAUGCCAAGAUGCACAAGUCCGGCGUUCUGCGCAAGGCCAUCGACUACAUCAAAUACCUGCAGCAGGUCAACCACAAGCUACGCCAGGAGAACAUGGUGCUAAAGCUGGCAAAUCAGAAAAACAAGCUGCUGAAGGGCAUCGAUCUGGGCAGCCUGGUGGACAGCGAAGUGGACCUGAAGAUCGACGACUUCAACCAGAACGUCCUCCUCAUGUCUCCCCCGGCGUCCGACUCGGGCUCCCAGGCCGGGUUCUCCCCCUACUCCAUCGACUCUGAGCCAGGAAGCCCCCUGCUGGAUGAUGCAAAGGUCAAAGAUGAGCCCGACUCCCCUCCUGUCGCGCUGGGCAUGGUGGACCGCUCAAGAAUCCUGCUGUGCGUCCUCACCUUCCUGUGCCUGUCCUUCAAUCCCCUGACCACACUGCUGCAGUGGGGAGGAACCCACGACUCGGACCAACACCCAUAUUCAGGCUCUGGGCGCAGCAUACUGUCCCUGGAUUCAGGUUCCGGGGGCUGGUUUGACUGGAUGAUGCCAACGCUCCUCUUAUGGCUGGUAAAUGGUGUCAUCGUCCUGAGCGUCUUCGUGAAGCUGCUGGUCCAUGGGGAGCCAGUAAUCCGGCCACAUUCACGCUCCUCAGUCACCUUCUGGAGGCACCGGAAACAGGCAGACCUGGAUCUCGCCAGGGGGGACUUUGCUGCUGCCGCCGCCAACCUGCAAACCUGCCUGUCGGUGCUGGGCCGGGCGCUGCCCGCCUCCCGCCUGGACCUGGCCUGCAGCCUCUCCUGGAACGCCAUCCGCUACAGCCUGCAGAAGCUGCGCCCCGUGCGCUGGCUGCUUAGGAAGGUCCUGCAGCGCUGGCGGCCCACCCCGGCCACUGCCGCGGGCUUCGAGGACCAGGCCAAGACCAGUGCCCGGGACGCGGCCCUGGCCUACCACCGGCUGCACCAGCUGCACAUCACAGGGAAGCUUCCCGCGGGAUCUGCCUGCUCAGAUGUACACAUGGCUCUGUGCGCGGUGAACCUGGCUGAGUGUGCAGAGGAGAAAAUCCCGCCCAGCACACUGGUGGAGAUCCAUCUGACGGCAGCCAUGGGGCUCCAGACCCGGUGCGGAGGCAAGCUGGGCUUCCUGGCGAGCUACUUCCUCAGUCGGGCCCAGAGCCUGUGUGGCCCCGAGCACAGCGCCAUCCCCGACUCCCUGCGUUGGCUCUGCCACCCGCUGGGCCAGAAGUUCUUCAUGGAGCGGAGCUGGUCGGUGAAGUCGGCUGCCAGGGAGAGUCUGUACUGCGCCCAGAGGAACCCAGCCGACCCCAUUGCGCAGGUGCACCAGGCCUUCUGCAGGAGCCUGCUGGAGCGAGCCGUGGAGUGCUUGGUGAAGCCUCAGGCCAAGAAGAAGGCUGGUGACCAGGAAGAAGAGAGCUGUGAAUUCUCCAGUGCCCUGGAGUUCCUGAAAUUACUCAAUUCUUUUGUGGACUCUGUGGGGAUUGCACCUCCACCCUUCUCCAGCAGCUCCGUGCUCAAGUCAGCCCUUGGUCCAGAUGUCGUCUGUCGCUGGUGGUCCUCGGCCAUCACGAUGGCUAUCAGCUGGCUCCAGGGAGACGACGCAGCCGUGCGCACCCGCUUCACCGAAGUUGAACGUGUCCCUGCAGCCCUGGAAGUGUCUGAGAGCCCCCUGGUCAAGGCCGUCCUGCACACCUGCAGAGCCAUGCACGCCUCGCUCUCCACCAAGGCAGAGGGGCAGCAGAGCGCCUUCGGCCACUGCGAGAGGGCCAGCGGCCACCUGUGGAGCAGCCUCAACGUCAGCGGGGCCUCCUGUGACCCUGCCCUCAACCACGUGGUCCAGCUGCUGACCUGUGACCUGCUGCUGUCACUACGGACAACUCUCUGGCAAAAGCAGGCUGGAGCCAGCCAGGCCCUGGGUGAGACCUACCACGCUUCAGGCACUGAGCUGGCGGGCUUCCAACGGGACCUGGGCAGCCUGCGCCGGCUAGCGCAUAGCUUCCGCCCGGCUUACCGCAAGGUGUUCCUGCAUGAAGCCACCGUGCGCUUGAUGGCAGGAGCCAGCCCCACCCGCACCCACCAGCUGCUGGAGCACAGCCUGCGGAGGCGCACGGCGCAGAGCGCCAAGCACGGAGAGGUGGACGCCUGGCCCGGCCAGCGAGAGCGGGCCACCGCCAUCCUCCUGGCCUGCCGCCACCUCCCCCUGUCCUUCCUCUCCUCCCCGGGCCAGCGGGCCGUGCUGCUGGCCGAGGCAGCCCGCACCCUGGAGAAGGUGGGUGACCGGCGCUCCUGCAGCGACUGCCAGCAGAUGAUCGUCAAGCUGGGGGGUGGUACCGCCAUCGCCGCCUCCUGACCGCCGGCCCGCCCGCCCCGGCCCUCCCCCGUCAACGCCGCCGCCUCCCUCUGGCUCGGCCUCUCCCUCCCUCGGGGAGCCGCGAGCCUGAACCUUGUCUCCAGAGCCGGCACCUGCCAAGGCUUUUGGACCACCUCAGCCCAGGGGACCCUGAGCGGAGCCCCCAAAUCUGCUGUGGACAGAUGCCCAGGGCCCCGUGGCCUGACAGAGGGACGGCAGGGUGGGGCGGGCCCCGGAGGCGCCCUGACUCGAAAACAGCAGAGGGGCUCGAGUCUCGAGCCCCCCAGCCUCUGCCUCCAGCCCUCCCGAGGUUUCCUCUCCACCCUCCCCGUCCCCCUCGUGUUUUUUAUCAGGCUUUCUCUGGGGGACCUUGGUCUCCAGGCUCCGGGGCGUCGCCCUUGGGACUGUGCCCCGCAUGCCCCCGCCCCUCUUUUUAUACGAACGUUUUUAUAUCAAUGUGCUUGGUCGCCGCGGCCAGGGCCGAGCUGCUGCGGCGUCUGUAUUUCCCUCCCCGUCUGCCCCUCCCUGUGCCCGCCCAGCCGUCCAUUGUUUCCUCUUGAUUACACGAGGCGGCCGGAGGGGGGCCCGGCCCGGGGAGGCGGGUGGGAGGCCGGGGCAGGCCUGGGCAUGGAUGAAAUAAUGUCGGCAUUAUUUUUUAAUUUUUUAAAAAAUAAACGGUAUCUUAUUUAAUUGUCCUGUUCCUUCCCACUCUCCCGCCCCCUGGGACACCAGCCCGCGCUCAGGGUGGGGCCCGGGGGCUGGGAGAGGCGAAGCCACCACUGGGGUUCCUCCCGCCCCGCUCCCGCCUCCAGCCCCUUGAUGCCCAGGUGGCGGGCACGGGCUCCAGCCCCUCCCAGCACCAGCCCCUUUUUGGGUGGGCACUAGGAAUGAGAUCCCCUGCUUUGAAAGGGGUCCUGGGGGGAAGGUGGUCCCACCUUUUCUGGCCCCCUGGCUUGGUACCUCCCCUGAGGCCAUUUCUCCCAGGGCCCGAGGACAACCUGGGGCCAGAGCCUCCUGGGCGGCUGAGGGGCUGCCCCCCUCGAGGGCUGAGGGGCUGCCUUGCGUCUCACCUCUCCCGACCGCUUGGGCCAGGGGGCCAGGUCCUGGCACAGCUUGGGGGUGCUCCCAGUAGGGCUCCCCUGGUGCCGCGUGCAGGCCCCAACCGGUCAGCUUGGACGGCACCUGCUUUAUCUCCUGCCCCUCCCCCAACGCACUGUAAUUUAUGGCCCCGCCCACCCGCCGCAGCGCCCUCCUGUGUGUUUGCUGUGCCUUCUCAUCGCGGGGUGGGGUGGUUUUCUCUGCGAGGGGAGGUGCCUGUGGCUUCCUUGAUGUGGAAUCACGUGCCGUGUCUUGGACGUAGGUUACUCAAUAAACACGGAUUGGUACCACCCGGCGGGCCGUGUGUGAAGGUC